AUGGGCAAAAAGAAGGGAGGAAAAAGAAAGGACGAUUACUGGGAUGAAGCCUUCGAGGAGGAUGCCGCUGCUACAGGCGCUGCUACUGCCGCUCCCGUAGAGACUGAGGAAGAUUUUGAAAAGAGAGCUUCCGCAUUCAGUGCUCUCGCUACCGAGAACAAUGACGACGAGGAAGAAGAUGGCUUGAUGGCCAUGGUCAACCGUGCCGCCAAGAACAAGGUCAAGAAGGGCAAGAAGGGAAAGAAGCAAAUGGCUGAUUUCGAUGAAGAUCCAUAUGCUCAAGAUGCCAUUGAAGAGCAAACCGAGCCCGCUGCUGUUGGCAUUCAAGAGCCUGCUGUUGCCGAGAAUGCUGAAGAUGACCUUGAUUGGGCCAGUGACAAUAAGAAGGGCAAAAAGAAUAAGAAGGGUGGCAACACUGAAUCUCCCGCUGAACCUGCUUCUCCUGCUCCCGAGCAACAAGAAGAAGGCGAAUUCCGUAUCUUGACCAAGAAGGAGAAGGAAAAGCUUAAGAAGGAGAAGCUUAAGGAACAAAAGCGUUUGGCUGCCAUCGAAAAGAAGAAGCAACAAGAAGCUGAAGAUGCUGAAUUCAACAAAGCUCUCGGUCUAGAUGACAAGAAGGAACAAGAGGAAGGUGGCGAUGCUGCGCAACCCCAACAAAAAUCCAAGAAGCAAUUGCUCAAGGAAAAGAAGGCAAAGAAGUUAGCUGCUAAAGAAGCAGAACCUGAAGCUGCUCCUGCUGUUGAAGAGCCUGCUCCCGUUGCUGCUCCCAAGGGCAAAAAGGGUAAGGGUGGCAACGUCGCUGCUUUGAGAAAAUUGGUGGAAGCUCAAAGAGCUGCUGAGGAAGCCGAACGUAAGCGUAUCGAGGAAGAGCAAAGAAAGGCCGAAGAAGAGGAAAAGAGGCUUGCUGCAGAGGAGGCUCAACGUGAGGAAGCUCGUGCCGCCAAGAGAGAAAGAGAGAGACUCAAGAAGGAACAGCUUCGUAAGGAAGGUAAAUUACUCACCAAGGCUCAAAAGGAGGCCCAACGUUUAGCCAAGUUGCGUCAUGAACAGUUGCUCGCUUCUGGAAAUGUCCGUGUCCAAGCCCUUGAAGAUGAUGGUAACAAGCCCAAGAAGGUUGUUUAUGGCAACAAGAAGAAGAAGGGCCCUACCAAGGAGGAGCAAGAAAAGAAGAAGCAAGAAGCUGCUGAAAGAAAGCGUUUGGAAGAAGAGGAAAAGAAGCGCAAGGAGGAGGAAGAGGCCAAGAAGGCUGCUGAAGCUCAAGAAUCUGAAGAAGAUGAUUGGGAAAAUGCAGUGAUCAGCAGUGACGAAGAGGAAAAGAAGGACGAAAAGGAAGAGGACGAGGAUCUCAACAGUGAUUGGGAUGCUUCCAGUGACGAAGAGGAAAAGAAGCCUGCUGCUGCUCCCGCCAAGAAAGCUACUGCUGCUCCCGCCAAGGCCGCCUCUGCUAAGGCUGCUCCCGCAAAGAAGGCACCUACCAAGAAGCAAGAAUCCGAAUCCGAAGACUCUGACGACGACUCCGAAGAUGAUUCUGACGAUGACUCUGACGAUGACAGCUCUGAUUACGACUCUGAGGACGACAGCUCUGAUGAGGAGCUCUCUGCUACUCAAAAGCUUGCCCUUCAAAAGAAGGAAGAAGCUGCCGCUCGUCGCGAGAAGCGUCAACAAGAAGCCAUGGCUGCCCGUUCCAAGGACGAUUUGCGUUCUCCCAUUUGUUGUAUUUUGGGCCACGUCGAUACUGGUAAAACCAAGCUGCUGGAUAAGAUCCGUCAAACCAACGUGCAAGAAGGUGAAGCUGGUGGUAUUACUCAACAAAUUGGUGCCACUUUCUUCCCUGCUGAUGCUAUUGAAAAGAAGACUGCCGUCCUUGGUGCUGAUCGCGUAGAGAAGCUCAAGGUGCCUGGUAUCUUGGUCAUUGAUACACCUGGUCACGAAUCUUUCACCAACUUGAGAAGCAGAGGUAGUUCCCUCUGUAACAUUGCCAUCUUGGUGGUCGAUAUCAUGCACGGUCUUGAACCACAAACAUUGGAGUCUAUCCGUCUGUUGCGUGAUCGUAAGACGCCCUUCAUUGUCGCUCUCAACAAGAUUGAUCGUCUCUUUGAAUGGAAAGCUAUUCCCAACAACUCUUUCCGUGAUUCUCUUGCCAAGCAAAAGCCCUCUGUUCAAGCUGAAUUCGAGAAGCGUGUUGCCGACACCAUGUUGGCCUUUGCUGAGCAAGGUCUCAAUUCUCAACUCUACUACAAGAACAAGAACUUUGCCAAGUACGUUUCCUUGGUGCCUACCUCUGCUCACACUGGUGAAGGUAUUCCUGAUAUGCUCAACUUGCUAAUCAACUUGACUCAAUCUCGUAUGAGUGAGAAGCUUAUGUACAUUACUGAGCUUGAGUGUACUGUCCUCGAAGUCAAGGUCAUUGAAGGCCUGGGUACUACCAUCGAUGUUGUCUUGGUCAAUGGUUGGUUGCAUGAAGGCGAUCGUAUUGUGGUGUGUGGUUUAAACGGACCCAUUGUUACCACUGUCAGAGCUCUUUUAACACCACAACCUAUGCGUGAAUUGCGUAUCAAAUCUCAAUAUGUCCAUCACAAGUCUGUCAAGGCCGCUUUGGGUAUCAAGAUUUCUGCUCCUGAUCUCGAAAAGGCUAUUGCUGGUUCUCGUUUGUUAGUCGCUGGCCCUGAUGAUGACAUUGAUGAUUUGAAGGAGGAAGUCAUGUCUGAUUUGACCAACUUGAUGUCUUCCAUCGACCGUACUGGUCACGGUGUCUGGGUCCAGGCUUCUACGCUGGGUGCUCUUGAAGCCCUUUUGGAGUUCUUGAGAACCAGUAAGAUUCCUGUCUCUGGUAUCAAUAUUGGCCCCGUUCACAAAAAGGAUGUCGUUAAGGCCAGUGUCAUGCUGGAGAAGGCUCGUGAGUUUGCCGUCAUGCUCUGUUUCGAUGUCAAGGUAGACAAGGAAGCCGAGGAAAUGGCAGAAGAAUUAGGCAUUCGUAUCUUCACAGCUGAUAUCAUUUACCACUUGUUUGAUCGCUUCCAAGAGUACCAUGCUGCCAUCACAGAGCAAAAGCGUAAGGACCAAGCUGGGGAUGCCGUCUUCCCUUGUGUUUUGAGAAUGAUUCCCCGUGCUAUUAUCAACAAGAAGGAUCCCAUUAUCAUCGGUGUGGAUGUGGUGGAAGGUACACUUCGCCUUGGCACACCGAUCUGUGUGAUCAAGACCAGUCCAGAAACACAAGCCCGUGAAGUUGUCACUCUCGGUAAGGUCACCUCUAUUGAACAGAACCACAAGUCUAUGGAGAUGGUCAAGAAGGGUGGUGCUGGUGGUGGUGUUGCCAUCAAGAUUGAGUGUGCUGUUUAUGAAACUCCAAAGACUUAUGGUCGUCAUUUUGAAGAUUCAGAUGAAUUAUACUCCAAGGUCACUCGUCAAUCUAUUGACAUUUUGAAGGAAUCUUUCCGUAACGAUUUAUCAAAGGAAGAAUGGGGUCUUGUUGUGAAGCUCAAGAAGGUGUUGGGUGUUGAAUAA